AGAUCACACAGAUUGGGAUUAGGCCUGUAUAGCUGCAGUUUGCACGGGAUUACGCAGCGCUCGAUCUGUGCUGUGCGCUCUGCUGCGCACGGAUUUCCUCCAUCUGCACGCAGUCGAUCGACACGCGAGGUCCACUACACAACAACACGCGCAGCUCACACACGCCUCCCGAACCUUCACCGUGGAGGUGUGACAUUUGUAUAAGGCAACAUGGCCGACGUCCCACAGAUCGUCAAAAUUGGGAUUUCAUUGAAGAUGCUUCCCAACAACACCGCGGUCUAUUACAAGUCCGAUGGCGCGCGCUUCGGUCAGACCCGGACGAUCAAGCUGCUCACCGGGUCCAAAUACAAGAUCCAGGUGGUUGUGAAACCAGGAGCGGUGGAAGCCACGUCCAUGAGUGUAGGUGGGGUGACCUUUCCCCUGGAGCAGGAGUCUAAAGACCCACAGUCAGUGGUUUAUACUGGUCAGUAUGACACUGACGGGGUGACACACACCAAGAGUGGAGAGAGGCAGCCCGUUCAAAUCAACAUGCAGUUCACAGAGAUGGGGACGUUUGAGACGGUGUGGCAGGUGAAAUACUACAACUAUAACAAGAGGGACCACUGCCAGUGGGGGAACAGCUUCAACAGCAUCGAGUAUGAAUGCAAACCCAGCGACACACGCACGCUCAUGUGGGUCAACAAGGAGACGUUUGUCUGACCGAGGAACAGCCUGAAGCAUUCAGCGAGGGCACCAAGCACAAACACACAGUGUGGCAGACAUCGUUAAAGGAUGUUUACUUUUACCUUCACUCUCCUUUUCACUCUGCUCUUUUUUUUUCCCACUGUCCAUCGCCUACAAAUCUAAAAUGUCUUGUAUUUUUAAAAAGCAUAAAUGCACAACAUUUACUGUCAUAUCAAAUUCAAGGGCAGUGCACAUGGAAUAUGGUAAUGUUUCUCGUCUUUAAACUAUGGUUUUUAUUUGUUUAAUGUCGUUUUAUUCAAAUGUGUCAAGAAAUUAAAUAUGUAGCACUUAAUAAUCUACUUUUAAAUCCUUUUUUUAAAAUCAUAUUUAGAUGUAUGUACAGUGCUGUAUCUGUCCACGUGUGUUUUACAAGUGGUGCUCGUACAGAGGUGCUUUUGUAAUUUUACUGCUGUACUCUAUUAGGCUUUGUGUGAUGACUUUAAUUCCAAAAUAUCUAUCCCACACAUUUUCAAAACAACAGAAGUAUAACAGGUCAUAUUAACAUUUUAUUAUUACAUAAUUUAAACAGGUUCAACACCUUUUAUACACUCACUCUUGGCACCACUGCUUCUUAUGUAAACACCUUUAAACUAAUAUAAGUCACUCUUGGCUGACUCAGUACAUGUGGUUGAAUAGACCAUGCAACCACACCAACAUUACUCAAUCUAAACCAUAUUCAAGGGCAUUGAUAACAAUAAUACAUACACAAGCAUUCCAUAGGAAGAACUUGUACACUUUGCCAAAUUGUGCCUUGAUGACAGUUUUGACAGGCUCAUAAAAGUGCACAGUUUAACCUUUAAUUCGAGAAAGAAAGCAUUAGUCUAUUGUCUUCAAAGCUUGUUUUAGCCCAUACUCGUUUUGCCCCUGGAUUCAUUUAGAAACUACAAGAAAAAAAGGUCUGGAGAUUUUUUGGAAAGAAACUUUGUGUAGCUGUGUUGACAGAAUAUGUAUUUUUGUGGCACCAGUUUGUAUACAGUACAGUUCAGUAUUGGAAGUUUUGUAUUUUUGGUGAAGUUGUGCUUUUACUUAAAGUAUGUUUUUUUGCUCUACCUCUUCCAAAUUACUUAUCUAUUAAUAUGUGUUAUUAAAGAGAAAUAUAGCAUUCAAAAUAUAAACAAAAAAAAUAUUUUCUCAUGGAAUAUAUUGAUAUGGCACAAAUUAGUAUUUUUGUACCGUGAAUCAUGCAAAUGUUUUUAUAUUAUCGUGAGUAUUUUUUGUAGAAAUGACUAUGUAGUAGAUUUAGUUUAAUAAUGAAUUUACCUAUGCAAAAAAAUAACAAAGAAACGGUGGCAAACGUACUGUAUGUAUCAUUCUGAAAAGUUGUGAAAAUGUUUAUAAUUGUAUUCUAAGUAAAGUGGAAAGUAUU